AUGAAGUCACCAAGUUGGGCGUUGAGGCAAUCGCUUGGGCGCCAGGUCGAAUUGGCUCUACAACAACGAUACCACAGUUCUGCGACCUCGAGGCCAUCACCAGCAUCGCGAACGAGCAACGGCAGCUCCUUAUUCACAAGGACAACACAAUGCCGGUCGACGACAAGCCCGUCGGCAGCGAUUAGAGCAGUCACACGCAGCAAAAAUGCACAGCAACAAGAAACCAGACGGCUUUUCUCGCGGACGAGCCGGACCAGCCAGCAGCAGCCGGCCGAAGACCCCAACUUCACGUCCAUCCUAGACAACCCGCCACAAUUGGUGCGGACAGGCCGGCGACACAACAUGUGGGGUCUUGCAUUCCUGGCCAUUAUACCCGUGACGGCAUUCGUGCUGGGCACCUGGCAGGUCCAACGUCUAGGCUGGAAGACGGAGCUCAUUGCGCGAUUCGAAGACCGUCUGGUCCGCGACCCCCUCCCGCUGCCGGGCCGCGUGGACCCCGACGCGAUCCACGACUUUGAUUUCCGCCGCGUCGUGGCAAAGGGCCAUUUGCGCCACGACCAGGAAAUGCUCAUUGGCCCGCGCAUGCGCGACGGCGAGGACGGGUACAUGGUGGUGACGCCGCUCGAGCGCGAGGGCGACGGUACCACGGUCUUGGUCAACCGGGGCUGGAUCAGCAAAAAGAUGCGCCGCCAGGCCGAUCGUGGACCGGGAUCCUUGCCCCGGGGCGAGGUUGUCGUCGAGGGGUUGCUGCGGGAGCCCUGGAAGAAGAACAUGUUCACGCCCGAUAACCGCCCUGACAAGGGCGAGUUUUACUUUCCAGAUGUGCGACAGAUGGCCGAGUUGACGGGCAGUCAGGCUGUCUGGAUCGAGUCUACUAUGGAGCCGGAUUGGUCCGAGAGUCUCGAGAUGCACUCAAGAGGUAUACCCAUCGGCAGAGCUGCUGAAGUCAACCUGCGGAAUAACCACGCCCAAUACAUCUUUACAUGGUACGGCCUUGCCAUAGCUACAUCCAUAAUGUUUUACAUGGUGGUGAAGAAGCCACCAACGGAUGUUUCGCGCAGAGUUCGGUUGAAUAAGAACUGGUAA